AUCUUCCAGUUCCAAAACCUUCUGUAAGUGCUCGCAGCUUCCAUCGUCGCCAAAUCGCGCAUUCUCGCGCUGCUCUGCGGUGUUUUGCGACCGCGUCACUUGCGCGCGUCGCAGGAUGCUGCUGCACCCAUGUAACUCAUGUACUCCCACCACCCGCCAACGUCGGCACUGGUGGUUCCACUCUUACUUGCCUCGUUUUUGCGCCAUUUAAUUGUCGCGUAUUAUGACUGUCCUACGCAUUCAUUAAAUCUGUCAACAAACACCCGCUGACAGCCUGUGUAGACACCAAAAGCUACCAUCAUGCCUAAGGAGAAGGUAACCCGCGGCAAGGGCAAGAAGGCCGAUGCUGGCAAGAAGAAGAAGGAUCCCAAUGCGCCCAAGCGCGGUCUCUCCGCCUACAUGUUCUUCGCCAACGAGCAGCGCGACAAGGUUCGCGAGGAGAACCCCGGCAUCAAGUUCGGCGAGGUCGGCAAGCAGCUCGGUGAGAAGUGGAAGGCUCUGUCCGAGAAGCAGCGCACUCCUUACGAGGCCAAGGCUGCCGCUGACAAGAAGCGGUACGAAGAGGAGAAGGCCGCUUACCAGGCCCAGGACGAGGAGGAGGAAGAGGAGUCCGAGUAGAGGCUACUCGACCCCUUUCAUCCUAGUCUAAUGCGCACUUCCGUGCUUCCUCUUUCUGCACUCUUGGUUGGUGGUAUGGUGUCACGGCGGCGGCGGCUCAGGAUCGGGUAUCCAUCUGGUUUAUCUUAAUGGUUCUAUGCGGAAGCGGGCUAGCAAUUUGGUUCUCUUCGACGGACUGCCGCAGUACAGCUUCACCAAGGCAGACAUGGCUUCGGCACCCUUAUGAUGUAUGGCGUUCUCACAAUCGAGGGCGAAGAAGGCAUCACGAAGCUCAUGAUCUUUGUACAAUAUAGUUAACUGCGGUUUCAUCACAUUGAUUACAGUCUGUUGCUUCUUGCGUGAUUGUUGAAGUGAUAAGCUGGGCAGCACGUUUCGUCGAGCUCCUUGGGAGGAGGUGGUGCAAUCGACCUACAAGAGACACAACAACACGACUGAUACAGAAGCCUUGGGUUAGAAACGGCGUUCUGUGCCUCGG